AUGGAUUUAAUUUUAGCAGCAACAGAAAAGGAAUCCGAAAAAUAUACAAUCAUGACAUCUCGGGAGCUUGAACAUGUAAAAAAUACAGCACGAGCACAGAUUGAGGCAGAAUAUAGUACAACUGAAACAAUUGGUAUGAAACGUAAAGCAGCUGAUCCCCUUGAUUUUCAACGUAAACGUGUUGCAUUUGAUGAUGAUUUUGGAUCGAUGAAUAAAGGAGGAGAAGAAGAAGAAGAAGGGGAGGAGGAUGUUGAAAUAGAUGAGAGUGUCUUUUUUGCUAUCAAUUAUGAUAAAUUCAAUAUGAUUUUUAGAAAUGAGUCAAUUGUAGAUUUCGCAACUGAACGUAUUAAUCGUACAGCAGGUGAAAUUGUGAAAGCCUUUUUAGAACAUGGUAAAGACAAGAUGAAAAUGCUAAAAGAAGAAGACUCUCCCUCUGCUACACCUAUUCAUAUUGCAAAUAGAGUUGCAAAUACAGAUAUUGUUUCUAGAGGAGAUAUCAGUUUACCCAAAGACCCAAUUGAACCUAACAAAAAAGCAAGUCUACAAGAUAUAGUGCGUGGUUAUAUUCAUUUACUCAAGAUAGAUGCAGCAGGAUUUGUAAAGUCCAAGGACGAAAGAGGUGCAAAUCAAUUUGCAAUUAAUUUUGCUAAAUUACGUAAUACGAUGAAAAGAAAAUUAAUAGAGGGUCUUGUACGUGAGCGAUAUGGUGUGGCCACGAGUCGAAUUUUAAGAAUCUUGAUUGAACGUGGAAAAUUAGAUGAAUCUCAAGUUCAAAAGUUAGCCAUGUUACCCCCAAAGGACACCAGAGAAAAGCUUGCACUUUUAAAAUUAAAAGGAUUUGUAGAAAUUCAAGAGGUGCCAAAGUCAGCUGAUCGAGCUCCUAGUCGAUGCUUUCAUUUAUGGUACGUCCCACUUGAGAAAUGCUAUGAGCAAUUAUUGGUGGAUUGUUAUCGAUCCAUUGGUAACUUGCAGCAACGUAAGAUGUAUGAGUUGAGUAUUCGUAAACGUUUAAUCGAUAAGAUCAACCGAAGUGAUGUUAUUGAAAACCCUGAUUUACUUGGUGAAGCAGAGAAAAAGGAAAUUGAAAAAAUGGAAAAGAUCCUUGAACGACUAGAAGUUUCAAAAAUGAGAAUAGAUAAUGUAAUUAUGAUUUUACGAGAUUUUUAG